AAGAAAAAGAAAAAGAACAAAAAAAGGAGCUCAAUCGAUCCCCUCGUCUCCUGUCCUCUCCUCGAGCCGGCGGCGGAAGCGGAAGCGGAAGCAGGUCUCGACUCGAAGAAGCCCUCCGGGAUGGCGACGGCGCUCCCCAUCCUUUCCAGAAAGCUCGCCGGCCGCGCCCUCCGCCCAUCGCUGGCCGCGGCGGCGGCGACGCAGCACCAGCCGGCGACCGCUCGCCUGCUCCACUCGACGACGAAGAUGCAGAAGGGCCUCAUCUCAUCCCAUGCCCAGCCUAAGCGCGAGAACCCUGUCUGGCGCUUCUAUCGUAGGGCAAAGUGGUACCAUUUGCUCAUGAUGUAUGGCCCAGCAUUUGUGUUCGGCUAUGCGUCCAUGUGGGAUCGGCCUGAUGGCAAGAAGGAGCCGGCGCCAGAUCAGUAGUUAGUUUCUUAUGAUUAUUAUCAUCAGGGUUGCGCUGUUAGACUAAAUUAUCUGUCAUGUUCACUGAGGUGGUAUGUUAUGGUAAGGCUGAACUAGCUGUGAUUAGGUGGUAUCUUUUGGUAAGGCUGAACUAGCUGUGAUUAGGUGGUAUCUUUUGGUAAGCUUGAACUAGCUGUGAUGAGGCUGUAUGUUAAGCUAAGGCCGAACUAGCUGUUAUGAGCUGGUAUGUUAAGCUAGGGUUGAACUAGCUGUUAUGAGGUGGUAGGUAUGUUAUGGUAAGGUUGAACUAGCUGUGAUGACAGUAUCGUGUUCAUGCCAUUUGCAUCGUUUGAUGAUUGCAAAAAAUGCACUGAAUUUAUAUAGCACUCUCAGCUGA